UCGCGAAAUGCAGGCGAGGCAAGGCGAGGCGAGCUAGCGUGCAGUACAUACCAUAGCAUUACAGUCGCACUCUUGGAACGACAAAAUGGGAUCCUGCGCGUGUUGAUGGGAGCUGAAACGUUAGCGUCCGGGCCGGGCCGGGUACUUAAGGCACCUAAAGCCAAGGUUUCGUUGUGUGCCUCCUGUGAGGCUAGCCGUGACCGACGAAGUAGCAGGGUGGCAAACAUGGCUCUUCUUCUCACAGGACGCGUGCUCGUGGUGGCGUGCGUCCUCGUCGCGUGCUCCUCCUCCUGCGGCUGCCCUGUAGCGGCGGCGGCGGCGAUGACGACGGUGGACGGCAUCACGGCCAUCUACAGCUUCGGGGACUCGAUAACGGACACGGGCAACCUCGUCCGCGAAGGCGCCACCGACAUGCUGCGCUACAUCGGCAGUCGUCCCUACGGCAUCGACUUGCUGCGCGGCGUCCCGACCCCGACCGGCCGCUGCUCUAAUGGAUACCUCAUGAUCGAUUUCCUCGCCAAGUACCUUGGCCUUCCCCUCCUCAACCCGUACCUCGACAAGGCGGCGGAUUUCACGCACGGCGUCAACUUCGCGGUCGCCGGAGCCACCGCCCUCGGCGCGACGGCGCUCGCCGAGAGAGGGGUCACCAUGCCCCACACCAACAGCUCCCUCGACGUUCAGCUCCAGUGGUUCAGGGACUUCAUGGCCUCCGCCACCACAAACUCUAGCCAAGAGGUCCGAAGGAAGCUAGCGAGCUCACUGGUGAUGCUGGAGAUCGGUGGGAACGACUUCAACUACGCCUUCCUCCAGCUCCAGACCCGGCCAACGGGCGGCGGAUACGGCAGCGGCAACGUCACCCGUAUAGUGGAAAUCCUAGAACAGGUCGGGGCGCUCGUGCCUCAAGUCGUGCAAUCCAUUACAAACGCAGCCAAGUACGUACAAACAAACUUGCUUCUCCGACCCCCCUCAGGCGUUGCUGGAGAUGGGCGCGGUCCGCGUGGUCGUCGCCGGCAACCUCCCGAUCGGGUGCUCGCCGGCCUACCUCUCGGGGGCGAACGUCACGGAGCCGGCCGCGUACGACGCCGACGGCUGCCUGGCCGUCCUCAACGGCUUCGCGGAGCUGUACAACGCGGCGCUGCGGGGCGCCGUCGCGGGCCUGCAGCGGGCGCACCCGCGCGCCGUCGUCGCGUACGCGGACUACUUCGCCGCGUACGCCAGGGUGCUCCGCGAGGCGCGCGCGCGCGGGUUCGACCCGGCCAGGACGCGGACGGCGUGCUGCGGGGCACGGGAAGCCGCGGCGUACGGCUUCCGACUCGGCAGGUUCUGCGGGGCGCCCCGGACGGCCGUGUGCAAGGACCGGGCCCGGUACGUGAGCUGGGACGGCGUGCACCCGACGCAGCAUGCGUACGAGGCCAUGGCCGAGCUGCUCUACCGCGGGGGGCUCGCGUGCCCGCCGCCGAUCAACUGGCCGGGGUAGACGAUGCAGGGGGCGAACGCACCGUUGAAUUGAUACCAUAUGCACGCUCUCUCUCUCUCUCGCUUUGAUAGUGUAUCCGUGUUUGUUGGAAAUGUUAUACGUACCGGUGUCACGUCUCUCAUCACUAAUUUCGGUUUUCAA